AUGGAGGCUAUGUCAACCCAAGAGCAGCAGCUCUGCGAGUUCCUGAAGAUACAGCCCCGCGUUCACAAGAAUCGAUACACAGAUGCUGCGUCAAACUCACUCCUCCAGUCUCUAUUCUGGUCCCUUGCCGGGGGCCGGCCCGAAUACCUACGAUUAUAUUUUCCAGAUAACACUCGGCCCUCUCCAAGUGCGACUUGGAAGCUAAGAAAGGCCCAAGGCGGGGCAGAUGGAGAUGAAUUCACAGAAGCAGCUCGAGGCAAAGUCUGUGGUCAUAUCUUCAAAGGUGGGGAGGUCACAUAUAGAUGCAAGACGUGCAGCUCAGAUGAUACUUGCGUCCUCUGCAGCCGUUGUUACGACUCUUCCGAUCAUACGGGGCAUAUGGUAUAUAUCAGUGUUUCCAUGGGUAACAGCGGCUGUUGCGACUGUGGCGAUUUAGAGGCCUGGCGAGUUCCCGUUAAUUGUUCGAUACAUACGGCGUACGAUGAAGGAUCACAGUCGCAAGAUAAGGGAAAGGCACCGGGAUUGCCCCUUGAGCUCGUUGAAGCUAUACGCAUGACUAUUGGGAGGGCUUUCGACUAUAUAUGCGAUGUCAUCUCUUGCUCCCCAGAACAAUUACGCCUUCCCAAAUCCCGGCAGAAUAUCUUGGAGGACGAAAGAAUGUCGAGACUUGGAUCUGAGUAUUAUAAUGGGGAUAUCGUGGAGGAGCCAUGCGAGUUUGCGUUAUUAUUGUGGAACGAUGAGAAGCAUACAGUCUACGAAGUUCGCGACCAGGUCGCGAGGGCUUGCAAGACGACUCUUGCUGAGGGGAUGGAAAAGGCCUAUGAAACUGAUAAUAUUGGCCGAAGCAUUAUUAAGUAUAGCUUCGAUGUCGACGAGCUACUCCAUGUCUCCCGGAUCAUAGAGCAGAUUAAGGUUACGGUCACCAUUCGAUCGGCCAGAGAUACUUUCAGAGAGCAGAUGUGCGGUACCAUCAUUGAAUGGCUUACUGAUAUUUCAGGUUGUAGUGUUGGUCCGGAUCACAACAUCUUACGCCAGGUCAUUUGUGAAGAAAUGCUCAAGAAGUGGAGUUAUGGCAGCCAGGCGAGCAAUAGAGAUAUUGGGAUGAAAGGCAUUGAUGAUCAUGAAAUCCAUGAGAACCACAGUGCCGAAAUUAUCGAGCAUCAAGCCGAAUUGCUUAGGCGGGCUCGUGCUAGGAUAGAUCCUGAUGAUGAGGAUAGCGACAACAACGACUUCACUGUCGAAGAGGAUGAGGAGCCUGAGGAAGAUGAAGGUAUGGCUACAGAUGAUGAGGAGGAUGAUGCAUCCAACUUUGCUAUGGCAGUUCACCAAUAUCUAUUUCAACCGGGAUCUACGCAAACGGACACUGAUCCUGAUGGGGAUAUUGAGAUGACUGCGGAUGAUGCUGAGAAUUCCCCUCUUGAGCAUGGCGAAGCUACCGCUGCAGGCUUUCCACCACCUCCUCCACCACCUCCGAUACCACAACGGCAGACGCGGGAUCGAGAUCUAACUCCGUCUGAUUCUGAUACCGCGGAAGUGCAACCCUUUAUCUCCCACACCGUGUAUGCCAAAGCCAAUUUAGAGAUACCUAAGACACCAGCCAACAUCUUCCAACCUCGAGAUCCACCGAAGCCAGCUCGAUAUUGGUUGGAGACGUCACAGGCUUUUGGUGAUACAAGCUCAAUACCCCUACAUGAGAAUCUAUGGGAGCGCGUACGAUUAGACUGGAUGAUCUUAUUUGACUUGCGAAUGUGGAAAAAGGUUCGGAUCGACCUUCGCGAUCUUUACAUUUCUACUGUCGUCUCUAUUCCCGAAUUCAAGCGUGUACUUGGAUUGAGAUUCGCUGGUCUUUAUACCAUGCUCGCGCAACUAUAUCUCAUUGCGGACCGAGAACCAGAACAUUCAAUUAUCAAUAUCUCACUGCAGAUGCUGACGACGCCGACCAUUACUGCCGAGAUCGUCGAGAGAGGUAAUUUCUUGACGAAUUUAAUGGCAAUUCUUUACACAUUUCUUACCACACGUCAAGUGGGCCAUCCACAUGAGAUUUCUCCCAACGCUACCCUUGCUUUCGACUCCGGCUCGGUGACCAAUCGACGGAUGUAUCAUUUCUUCUUGGAUUUGAAAUAUCUCUUUGGCUCUGAGCAUGUUCAAGAACAGUUGCGAACUCAGGAGAGAUACAUAAUGCAGUUCCUCGAUCUUGUAAAACUUCACCAAGGAAUCUGUCCAAACACUCGAGCAGUUGGUGAACAUGUCGAAUAUGAGACCGAUGCCUGGAUUAGCGCGUCUCUGAUCACUCGGGAGAUCAAUCGUUUAUGUAGAGAGUUCUCGGACUCGUUCAAAUGGAGCGUCGGAGAGGACCACACUUAUAUAUCCAGAGCUAUCAGAUUAGCUGCCAAAGCAGUCAUCCUCAAUUCCCUGGGAACAGAGAGGAAGCGCUUUGACCAAGCGGAGAUAAAGGAUGAGAUCAAAUUCAAGAAAGUUGGCGACUAUGAAUUCGACACUACGGAGAACGCAAACAGCGUUCAUCAGCACUCCGUCGUCAAAUUUGUUGUGGAAUCACAACCGAUCAGUUUCCACCAUGCUCUGCAUUAUACCCUUUCAUGGCUGAUUGAGUGCGGGAAGAGUAUGCCACGCGAACAACUCAUCCAGCUCCUGAGCUUUACUACACUAGAGCUUCUCGAGAAACCUAGAGCGAUGGGGCAGCGAGCUAUGACAAGCCUUGAGUAUAGCCCGGAGGACCACCUCAUGGCCGCUUUCGAUUAUCCUUUGCGCGUCUGUGCCUGGCUGGCACAGAUGAAAGCGAGUAUGUGGGUGCGUAAUGGCAUGAGCCUACGGCAUCAACAUAGCACAUACCGUGGAGUCAGUCAACGUGAUGUCUCUCACCAUCGGGAUAUAUUUCUUUUGCAAACCGCUAUGGUGGUCUGUCCACCAGCUCGUGUGCUGGUGUCUAUCAUUGACCGCUAUGGAUUGGAGCAUUGGAUGAAGGGGCUCUAUGAGCAGAAGUCCGAUGGCACCGAUGAUGGUCAAGUUCUUGAUGUUGCCGAAGAUCUAAUUCACCUCCUGAUUGUCCUCAUCAGCGACCGUACAUCACUCAUCACAACCAAGGACGAAACAGACGCCCAUGUACUGGCCAUGCGCCGAGAUAUUACCCAUGUACUUUGCUUCAAGCCAUUGUCCUUCACAGAAAUUUGCAGCAAACUACCCGAUAAAUUCCACGACCAAGAGGAGUGCCAAGAUAUCCUAGACGAAAUGACAACUUUCAAGCCUCCUGAAGGAUUAUCAGAUGUCGGAACCUUCGAGCUAAAAGAGCAGUUCCUCGAAGAUGUGGACCCCUAUAUUUCUCACUACAAUAAGAACCAGAGAGAAGAGUCAGAAAAUGCUUAUAAGACUUGGAUGGCAAAGAAAACAGGGAGACCUGCUUCCGAAAUUGUCUUCGAACCUCGGCUUCGUCUUAUUGAAUCUGGCGUGUUCUCUGAUCUAGCUGCAUUUACUAGAGCCGGCAUCUUCGCACAAAUCAUCUACUAUGCACUUCUAUAUCCCGUCAAGGCUCAGGAGCUAACGCCAACCGUUCCCGCAACCAGAGUUGAAGCGUUCCUUCAAGUAGUGUUGCACUUAGUACUUAUUGCCAUUGCUGAGGACAAGACUGACGAAGAUGAAAUGUCUGAAGAGUCACUCCAAUCUUUUGUCUACAUUGCCUUAACUAGCACUGCUCGAAGCAACUUCAUCCCGAAUGCGCCUGCAUCAAGAACUAUAGCUGCAGUAUUGGAAAUUCUAUCGCAAAAGGAAGAGUUCAAGGCAUGUCACCCAAAGAUCACGCUUGUUCUUAGAAGAAUGAGGCAAAAGAGACCCCGGAAUUUCGAGAUUGCCUUUGCGCGAUUGGGAGUUCCGGUGGACAGGAUCUCUACGGCAUCGCCUGCGAAUCAUAAUGCACUCGAAGACCGGGAGAAGAAGAGACGAGCAGCAUUGGAACGGCAAGCCAAAGUGAUGGCUCAAUUCCAGCAGCAGCAGAAGAACUUCCUAGAUAACCAAGGGGACAUUGAUUGGGGAGAGGACGAUGGGAAUGAUAAUAAUGUGGAAACUGAGGGUGAGGAUCAGAAGACCUACUGGCACUACCCCACCGGGACUUGUAUUCUUUGCCAAGAGGAAACCAAGGAUGGUCGUCUUUAUGGCACAUUUGCAUUGCUGGCCAAUAGCACUGUUUUGCGUCAAACGCCAUUUGAGGAGCCUGAUUUCGUCCGCGAAGUUCUUAACACGCCUUCGAGCUUAGAUAGAACCGCUGACAGCAUCCGUCCCUUUGGAGUAGCCGGAGAGAACCGAGAGGAAGUACUCAAGGUCACACCCAAUGGAGCAAAAAUCACUACAGAGCGUCAAUUCAUCGGCAAAGGCUUCCCGUCCAGCGCGACACGGGUGGGUCCUGUAUCGGUUGGCUGUGGUCACAUUAUGCAUUAUAAAUGUUUUGAUGUUUAUUAUGACGCUUCACAUCGGAGACAUCUUCAUCAAAUUGCCCGGCAUCAUCCUGAGAUGCUAGAGUUGAACGAGUUCGUCUGCCCGCUAUGCAAGGCUUUAGGGAAUGCCUUUUUGCCUAUUAUCUGGUCACCAAAGGAAGAAUUAUCUCUCCAAUCAUUCCAACUCCCGUCACUUUUCGAUGAGUGGAUCUCUACUGUUGCCGGACCAGAUGCCAGCCCCCGAGCUGGUAAAAUUGAUUCGAAGGUGAAUCGUGCUGCGCCUAGCAGUCGAAGUGUGGAACUCUUCAUGGACCAUAACAAUGCGGCACUUGCAACCCCAUUAGCUGCAAAGAUGUCAGAGCUUCUUGUGGAUGCCUGGAGACCCAGCUCUCCCACUACACCACCCUUAUUUGGUACCAUAAUUCCGGCAGUAGUUACUGCGGGUUGGGAUGACCCCGGACCAUCGAAUGCCGCUCAACCAGUAUCUCCUGUAUCCCCGAUGGCCGAGCUUGUAGGCAUAUAUGAGCGGUUGCGGAGAACUAUAGAGAGCAACAAACUGCCAAGUCAUCACUCAAAUGGGCCGAUUAAUAUACUGUCCGACACACCGCAGGAUUUCCGCCACAGUGACACCUUAGCACAUGCACUGGGAUACUCAAUUUCUGCCGUAGAAAUUCAACAGAGAGGCGUUGCUUCACCUUCGGGCAUGACGCUUUUAGACAGCAUUCCCCAGCAGGCAUUGACCCAUCUGAAGAUUUUAGCCGAGACGGCAGCCACUUACGUCUCCACAGGCGGGAUCAGAUUUGCGGGCGAUAAUCAGAUUGCUCAAGAGUUCAGUGAGGACUAUGAGACCCAGCACUCGCUUCUGUUCAUGAGGAACCCGUAUACCUCUGGGCGUGAUGCAGACUCCACAGUCUCAAAUAGAAUCUCAGAGUCACUGCUCAAUAGGGAUAUAUUUAUAUUCUUGGCAGAAUGUUCGCUAUGUCUUGUCCCAGUUGACAAUCUAGACAUCAUGCAUGUUGUUCGACUAUGCUAUCUCGCAGAAAUUGUCAAGGUGAUCAUGAAGAUGGGUCGAAAUCGAGGACUACUAGAUAUAUGGUCUAGCGAGAGACAGCACAGCAACCCGAUCCUAGAAACUUUCAGGCGCUUUUGUCUCACCAUUCGGCAAUUCGAUGUCCAGCACCUCGACUCAGACGAGGGAGAUGCACUAAAUCAGCCGACCUUCGAGGGGCUAGAGUCUAACUAUGAGUUUGUAAAAAAGUAUGCACUAGCCUUUCUUCGAAAGGUUACCGUGCUUCUUCACGUUCGCCAUGGAGUUGUCUUCAAUAACCAUAUUUCAUCGAAUCCGGACGCCGACGAAUUGGACCGCUUAACAGAGGCACUCCGCCUACCGAAGCUGGACGAAAUGUUUGCUUCUACGCUCCAAAAUAGCACCCUCUUCUCUCUAAUUGAUCGUUGGAUUACCUACCUAACGCCACAGACAAAGGACGAGACGCCCGCAGGCAGCAAUCUAAAUAUCAGCCACCCAGCAAUUGCCGAGCUCAUCGGCUUGCCAAAGAAUUUCGACGCCCUGAUGGAAGAGACUAUGAAGCGGCGUUGUCCAACUACCGGAAAAGAUGUCACAGACCCGAUGCUCUGUCUCUUUUGUGGCGAGAUAUUCUGCGGACAGAGUAUUUGCUGCUUGAAGGAGCUACCAGCAGCUGUAGGCGGUCGAUUGGUACAAGUUGGCGGAGCGCAACAACAUAUGAGAAAAUGCCAAAAGAACGUCGGCCUCUUUAUCAACAUCCGCAAAUGCUGCGUCUACUAUCUCUACCAUAUGUCUGGCUCGUGGAUGGUCGCGCCUUAUAUCGACCGAUAUGGCGAGGUUGAUCCCGGACUCAGACAUUCCAGGCAGUUGUUCCUUAACCAAAAGAGAUAUGAUGCGCUUCUUAGAACCGUCUGGUUAAGUCACGGAAUUCCGAGCGUCAUUAGCAGGAGGCUGGAGAUGGAUAUCAAUAACGGGGGGUGGGAGACUAUUUAG